GGAGGGAGAAAAGAGAGAGAAGAGAGAAAAGAGAGAGAAAAAGAGAGAGAAAAGGAGAUUGACGAUAAGAUAAAGAGAGAGAAAAAAAAAGAAAGGAAUACAACUGCCACAUAAACGGAGAAAGAAAGAGAGAGAUAGAGAGAUAUAUAAAGCAAGAUAAUAGAUGGAGGGCAAAUUAUUAACAAGUCCUUCUCUACCACCACCGCCAACAACUCAAAACCGCUUUGAUGGGGUGUAUGGCAGACCUUCCUUUGGCUUCACUGGAGUCAUUGUCCUGCCUUUCUCGGAGCAGGACGCCGAGCCGCUGGGAGUCAUGGAGGUCUUAUUGAAAUUUAUAUUUUUCCUCGACGUUUUGCUGGGUCUCGAAGUCUACACACCAAGGGCGUCUGACGGCAUGGCACCACUAACGGAGGAGGAGGAGGAGGCGUGGUGGCAACAGUGGGAGGAGGAGAUGGAGAGAGAAGAGGAGGAGGAGAGGAAACGAAAACUGGAAGAGGAAGAAGACUACGACAUCAAUUUCUGGAAGGAAGAAGAGGAGGAAAAGGAGGACGUGGAGGACAUGGAGGAGGAGGAGGAGGAGGAGGAGGAGGUGGAGGAGGACAAGGAGGCGGUGGCUAGAGAGCAAGAGAGGUUCCUGCAGUGGGUGGAGGAGUGGGUGGAGGAGAAGGUCGGGGUGGAAGAUGGAAGGGAGUGUGUGCAAAGAUUUGUGUGUGAAUACUACCACAAAUACUCACUCUCAAUCAAUUCCUCCUCCUUCUCCUCCUCCUCCUCCUCUUCUUCCUCCUCUGGACACCCUUCUCUUAUCAGUUACCUCGUGCACACCCUGUUCAUGCCGCGAGAGACCCACGGGGGAGCUGCCUUGGACCAGUACAGGGCAGCAAAGAGAAUAGGGAGUGAGGCGGCGGGGCGGGGCGGAAGGAAGGGGUGUGUGGCUGCCUUCCCUCCUGCCCCCUCUCUGUCUUCAAUGCACUGGGAGGCUAUUUCUAACUCUCUCUCUCUCUCUCUCUCUCUCUCUCUCUCUCUCUCUCUCUCUCUCUCUCUCUCUUCUUAUUGCCUUCCUUCUCCUCUUGUUUUCCUUCUCCUCCUUCUCUUCCUUCCUCUCUCCCUUCCUUCCUGUCUGUCUGUUUCUCGUUUUGUCUGUGUGUCUGUGUGUCAAACGUCAACUCGGUAACAGUAAAUUGUGUAGUUGAAUAAAUAAAAGAGAGAAAUAACGAUGUGGUGUAAAUAAUGAAUAAAUUGAUGGACGUAU